GAGUUGAGUCUGAGUUAUUGUUCAUUUUUCCGGGUUCAAUCUUCAAAAAUCUUUAAAAAAAAUCCCUCCUUUCAUCAUCAUCGCAGUGUUGAUCUUCCAAAAGAUUUAUAGUCUUGAUAGAACUGUUUGAAGAAUCGCAUGAAAAUGAAGCUAUCUGAUUUUAACCGUAAACAGUUGACCGUCUCAAGUGGAAUGAAUUAUAGUUAUAUUGAUCAAGCGCCGCCAGCUGGUAUAGAUACGCGUGAAACUGUGCUUUGUUUCCAUGGAUUUCCUGAUUUCUCCUAUGGAUGGCGUUAUCAAAUCCAGGAGCUUACUCAACGAGGCUAUAGAGUCAUUGUUCCAGAUCAAGCUGGAUGUGGAGACACAGACAAACCAGUCGGUGAAUUGAAAUUCUACACCAUCUUGGCUGCAGUCAAUGCGGCCGUGGAGAUUUUGAAGCAUGAAAACAUCAACGACCAAGUCGUCGUCCUCGGUCACGAUUGGGGAGGUCUCAUUGCCUGGAGGUUUUUACAGUACCGCAGUGCUCAAGUGAAGGCUAUCGCAGUGUUAUGUACUCCGCCCUCUCCGGCAGGUCAGCAAGGACAAAAGGAACCCGACAUUGAUUUCAUCAUCUCAAGAAUCCCAACCUUUGGAUAUCAAAAAUGGUUUCAAACUCCUGAAGCCGAUGCUACAAUCGAUCCGAACUCACGUGAAUUCAUGAUGAUGGCCUACUGGAAUAUCUGGUCUGGUGCUUGGAAGCCUGAUGACGGUGUAUGGUCUCACGAAGGAAACCUCGAAAAGAUGAUAAAUGAAACCAUUCCGAAGCUUCAAGCUGCCGAUGUUCCCUCCAGCGAGCUCCAAGAGUACGUUGAUACAUUUACAAAUGGUGGAAUGCGAGGUCCGCUUUCGUGGUACAAAACUCGAGUGUUGAAUUUCCAUGACGAAGUAGACAAUCAUUUGCCUGUGACCUUCCCACCCAGGGUUCCCUGUCUAAUGUUAGCAGCCACCAAUGAUGGAGCAUUGCCACUCGAGAUGUCCGAUCCUGCCAAACUAGCACCUCUCUUCCCGGAUAACAAUUUAGAGAGAAAAGUGAUGGAGAGUUCAGAUCAUUGGCUUUUACAGGACCCCAGAAUUCGUCACAAAGUAGUCAAGACUGUCGGGGAUUGGGUUGAUGCUCGGUGUGGGCAUCAAAAAACUUCUAUGCAUGUUGAAGCUCCAAUCUCAGGAAAAGUCAAUGUUUCUGUAGUAGCUUGAGUACACAACACCAUGAUGAAAUGCUGAAAUGAUAUGUUUCAGGUGUUCAAUUCUUCAACAAACAAUGUCUUUCCACAGAAUUUUCUUUCCAAAAGAGGCGCAUCUCUCACAAAUCAUGUUCCUACGUUUUUGUAUGUUGUCCUGGUAUCAAAAAUAUAUUUCUUUGAAGUUGUCUAAUUUAAAUCAAAGCUGUGAAAUUUUUCCUGUGUAAGUAAGCUUACAGCUAGGAUCACAAAUGCAGGCGGACUCUUCAGAUUAACACAUAACUACUGGUGCACAUACC